AUGGCACCUGCGGACCUUCCUUACUUGAAGACGAACCCGUCCAUUAUCUUCUUCACGGACUUCGAUGGCACAAUCACACUUGAAGACAGCAAUGACUACUUGACGGACAAUCUUGGAUUUGGGCAGACGAAGCGUCGCAAGUUGAACAUCGAAGUUCUCGAGAAGAAAACCAGUUUUCGAGACGCUUUUUGGCAGAUGUUGGGCAGUGUCAAGACCCCCUUCAAUGAAUGUGUCGAGACGCUUUGCAAGGUAAUGAAGUUGGACCCUCAUUUCGUCGAGUUCUAUGAAUGGGCCAAGGCGAACAACGUGCCAAUUGUUGUUUUGUCAUCCGGAAUGAUCCCUAUCAUCAGGGCUUUGCUUGAGAAAUUGCUGGGCCACAAACCUGACCACAUUGUUAUCAUCGCCAAUGACGUCGAAAGCCGCGAUGGCAAGCACAUCAACAACCCAGGUGGUUGGCAGAUCAAGUACCACGACGAUAGUCACUUUGGCCACGACAAGUCGUUGGAAAUCAAGCCGUAUGCUCAACUGCCGCAUGACGAGCGCCCCACACUGUUGUACGCAGGAGAUGGUGUUUCUGACCUUUCUGCCGCUGCCGAGACUGAUCUUCUGUUCGCAAAGAAGGGAAAUGAUCUGGUAACCUUCUGCGAACGUGAAGGAAUGCCGUUCACCACCUUUGAGGAUUGGAGUUCGAUUCUGGCAACCUCCAAGGAUAUCCUAAGCGGCAAGGUCAGCGUCAAGAAAGUAGCCAAAGAAGGCCUGGAGAAAGUGCAAAAGGAUGAGGCCUGA